AUGCCAGCCGGAGCUCUGCGCGUCUCCCUCUGCCUCCUGCUCGCCGCCCUCCACCUGAGCUGCGUGCCCGGCGGGGCUCCGGACGAGGCGCCCUUCGAGCUGAAGGACUUCCCCCGGGCCCCUGCGUUCCCUCCGCGCAAGAAGGCGCCGCAGUUCAUGCUGGACCUGUUCGACGCCGUGUCCGUGGCCGACGGGGCGCACAGGAGCCAGAAGGAGAUUCUGGAGGGGAACACGGUGCGCAGUUAUCAGGAUAAAGGACACACCGGCCAGAGGAUCCACUUCUUUAACUUGUCCUCUCUGGGCAGAGAGGAGAAAAUGAUCAAAGCUGAAUUCCGCUGGUUCCGAAAGAAACACAAGUUCUACCUGGGGAACUCCUACGGGCCUCACUUCUACAAGGUGGACGUAUACGAAGUUCCAGACAGCAGACUGAAGGUCCAGAGAGGAAACCUCGUCACGUCCAGGCUGGUGUCCCUCUACACACAGGGAUGGGAGGUUUUCAAUGUCACUCAGCUGGUGUCUAAAUGGAUCCAGAAGAGUCAGGAGAACAACGGCAUCCUGGUGGUGACGACGUUCCCCCCCGGUGACUGGAUGAACUCUGAAUCCAAGCAGCUCCAGUUGACAGACACGAACGCCUACCUGGUCGUUUUCUCAGACGACGGGAGGACUGAAGCGAACCGGUCAUACCUGGCGGCAGCCUCUGAGCCUCUGGACCACCUCAGCAGGAGGAGACGCGCGUCCUCAGACUUCCUUCCCCGCGGCCGCCCCCCGUCCUGCCGGCGCGUCCCCCUCUACGUGGACUUCGACGAGAUCGGCUGGUCGGGUUGGAUCAUCUCUCCGCGCGGCUACAACGCCUACCACUGCAAGGGCUCGUGCCCGUUCCCGCUGGGCGUGGGCCUGAGGGCCACCAACCACGCCACGGUGCGCUCCAUCAUGCACGCGCUCAAGCUGCCCGGGGAGGACGUGGGCGCCCCCUGCUGCGUGCCCGACAGACUGCAGUCCAUCAGCUUGCUGUACUUUGACGAUGAGGAGAACGUGGUCCUGAAGCAGUAUGACGACAUGGUGGCGCUCAGCUGCGGCUGUCACUGACCCGGUUCGGCUCUGAGAUGUGAUUAUAGAACUCAUGAUUAGAGCUGGUUAGAACAUGUUUACUUGUAUAUGUCUAAAUAUUGGUUUAUUUUAAGAAAUAAAAGAUUCCUUAGCUAUUAACCCAAACAUUCUCUGGUGUUGUGGAAAACGGCUCGUUAGAUCAAUCAAUCAGUCAAAGUUGGAGAAGAGCAAAGGAAGCUUUCCUUCGCUGCUGCAGAAAAACACCAAGAACUGAGCCGACUAAAGUCAAAAGGUAAGAAGCAGCACAAACAGCAUGACGCUGUAUUCACUGAUCAAUAAGCGUUAUUGAAGUGAGGCAACACAACUUUUCUAUUCACACUUUAAAAAAGUUGAUGUUUAUGUGUAUUAUCUGUUUGCCAAGAGAAGUGGGAUUAGAUAACAAUGCAGAUUAUUAUUUAACGUGCAUAAAAUAAUGAUAGUUCUGUUAUCUCCAAUUGAAAUUACAGUUUGACAGUUGAGAAUUGUUACACCCACAAACAUUAUGGUAAUUUAUUGAGAUUUUAUCUGACUGACCAACGCAAAAUAGUAAGGAAUCAACAUAUAUCUGUUCUGACAUCGAUAUUGUGAUAUUUAUUUAAAUGUAGUUUUUUUUUUAAUCAAAUUGUUUGAUAUUUUAUGAUGCACUGCAUUGUAAUGUUUAACCCAUCUUUCGCCAUGAACGCCUACAGGAAGAGGAUAGGAGCAUGAAUAGCUUCAUGUUUAUCAUAUUAUGCACUUAAACGUCGUUUAUAGAAUCUAAUUCCCUGUCAGCAUAACUUUAAAGAAGUGGCUGUUUGUUUGUUCUUUGUAUUUUUGUUCAUUUUAAGUUAAAAAUAAAUAAAUCAGCGAUCAAAGACUU